GUGGGCAGGAGCCUGAUGGUGCCCACAGUCUUGGCCCAGCCCUCCCCCUCCCAGCAGCGGCUCUGCCCCCUUGGGGUCUCUUCACCUGGUGAUUCAAGCCUGGCUCCUUCAGGGUCCUGGGUGCCCCAUUCUAAUUCCCAAGGGGAACCACCUCGUCAGGUCUGGACCCUGGAGCCCACCCCAGAGGGGCAGGCCUGGGAUGACGCCUGCUUCUCCUUGUCGCUGUGGGACGAAAUUGCCACUCUUCGGAACCAGCUCCGGACCCAGGCUCAGGUGACGGUACUGAUGAGUCAGGCUGUCCAGGGUCUGAUGGAAGACAGGGAGCGUCAGCGAUGCCAGAUUGAUGAGCUAGAAGAGGAGCUGGGCCGGCUUCGAGGGGCCCCUGAAGGGCGAGCAAGGCUGGAACAACGAGUGGAAGACCUGAACUCAGAGCUACAGAGUCUCCGUCGACAGCUGCAGGCCCGUCCUGGGGAAGCUGGUGUGACAGCCCUCCUGCGCCAAGAGCUGCAGAAUGAUCGCCAGCUGCUGUGGGAGGAGUAUGAGGUUGUUCGAGGGGAGCUGAAGCUUUUGCGGGACCAGCUAGGCCAACAGCAAGAGUUGCUACUGAGACAGAUGGCUGAAGCCCGGCAGGCUCAGGGGCGCAGUUGGAAGCUUGUGCCUGGGCAGGUGCUGGAGCAGGUCCAGAGUGAUCAGGAAAGCCACAGCCGCGUGGUGGACGCUGCCAGGGUGGAGGCCCGGGAUGUUCGGCAGGAGAUCAAUCUUCUCAGGGCCAUGGUGUGUUCUCUGCAGGCCCAGAUUCGAGGAGAACCCCCACCCCGGCCAGACUCCGCCAUCUCUAGCUCUGACCUGAGCCUCCUAGACAGUGACAGCAGCUGGGACAUACCUUCUCGGGAUCCUGCCAUGCCAGCAGAACCUCACAGCAACACCGAGUCCAGCACCGAGUCCGGCCCAGAGACCAGCGCUUCCCGGCCUCCUGUGAAGAGCCCCCAGACAUCUGACCGGUUGAACAAAGCACCGAAGCUACUCCUUGGUGACCUCUGAAUGGGCCAGCCAGCUCUCCAUGCCCUGGCUUGCUGAAGGACAACGGAAAUCCUCUGGGCAUCGGGGAGGGAAAGCAGAGAAGAAG